ACCUGUUGCCCUAUUGUUUGGACGGUCUUUUCCACCGUUUCCUUGAACUAAAGAGCUCUCCAUCCAGCCUGGAAAUGGAGGUCUAUAUUUGGAGGAGUGUGAUGAUGUCACUGUGGCGGAGGGCUGGAGCCUAUAACAGCAGCUGGAGAGAGCGCUUGUGUGGAAAAACCAGAGAACGUCUGCAUCUCCUGAAGCUGCUGUGGGCUGGACUGACACCGCUGAAGAAGAAAAGCAUCGCUGUCUGCCAUGUAUCAUCUGAAACUGUCCUCUCAGAUCCUGAUCUUCCUUGUGAUGCUGCAUCGUGUCGCUACAGUCCCUCACAACAGGUACUCGCUUCCCUCCAUCGAGCGGCCGGAUGCCCUUGGAGAAGCUGACGGAUGGCUGCUCGCGGAUCUCUCUGAAAAUCCCUUCCUGAGUCUCACAAGGCCACGGCCUCCACGGGGACUCAACAGUCAUCACAUGGAAAAGAGGAAGUGCAACACAGCCACCUGCGUGACUCAGAGAUUAGCAGACUUUCUCAUCAGGUCCAGCAACACCAUCGGCACAGUCUACGCACCCACCAACGUAGGAUCCAACACUUACGGAAAGAGAGACCUGCUGCAGUCGCCUGUUUAUCUGCCGCUCUAGUUCACGGCGCAAAAUGCAGAAGAAUAAACAGAAUAUGUAUGAUACGUCUAAAAAUGUGAUCUUUUCCCCCGUGUGUAAAUGGAAACCAGUGCCUUUUGGUGUAAACGGCUGUUUGCAGCAUUUACAUUUAGCGGUACUGUAAAUCUUGCAUGAAGAUAAGGCUCACGUAGUGUGUUGCAACACAUUAUUAACAUUAUGGCAUAUGAAUAAAAUGUAUAAUACAAAAGUACAUGAAUACUGAAGAACUGAUAUGUUGUUUUGAGUUUUUUAUAAUAAAAGA